AUGAGCCGCGAUGCUCAAUUCUCGACCGCUGUUCGGGUCUCCUUGCCCUCCACGACCGCGAAUCAUGAAAACCAGACCAACGACGCUCCGAGGAUGCGAUAUCGGAACAGCCCUGUCUCCGUUGCCGUGGAUCCUAUCUCACUAGUCAUAUCCGAGUGCAUAUCCAUCACCUCUGCGAUUCAGAAGCUUGCGCGGUCGCCACACUCUUCGGUCUCUGCUAUCCUCGGCGGGAGCCCCAACCCCCUGCAGCUUGCUUCACCCAGCGCUGCUCCCAGGAGCCGAGCAAAAAGCCCCCUUGCCGCGAUGGGCGCCGACGACAGCGGCUCUGAUGCUAUUGCCGCCAGCAAUCGCUGGGGUCUGCGCGGCCAGAAGGGGAGGAGCAUGCAGGACAACCCCAUGGUGGCAGGUUUUGGAAAACUGCGUUACGAGGUUGCUGCCGUCAAGGACAUCCGGUCUUUCGACGCCCCUUCGCUCUUGGCCCCCUUCUUGUUGGUCAUACAGGCUAAGGGAACGGCGGCGCCCAUCACCAUCCUUGCGCUCGGGGCGUUGAGAAAAUUCCUUGCUUAUGGCUUUGUCUGCUCCGAAUCGCCCCGGUUUGCGCUCUCCAUGCAGUCGCUUUCAGCUGCCGUGACGCAUUGUCAGUUCGACGUCAGUGACUCGGCUCAGGGUGAGGUUGUACUACUCAUGAUCCUCAACCUGAUGGAGGACAUGAUGUCCGGGCCUGGGGGCGACAUCCUGAGUGACGAGAGCGUUUGCGACAUGAUGGGUCGCGGACUGGCCAUCUGCUCUCAGCCACGCUUUUCUCCCGUCCUACGCAGAACUGCCGAAGCUUCAAUGCAGGCGCAGAGCGAAAUAGGCCGUAUCAAGAUGGAAGCACCGGUUCCCACUAGCACCGACGAGGUGCCGGCCAACACCAACAUUGCGGCAUCAGAUGCCCCCACCCCGUCUUCCCCGGGUCCUGUUGAUGGCCGAAGUCGCAGCGGUUCUCUGUCUGACACCGGCCGCGACACCAGGAGCGAGAAUGAUGGCGACACAGAAUCCCUGGACCUCAAACCCUAUUCUCUACCAUCCGUUCGAGAACUCUUUCGAGUUCUUGUCAAUUUCUUGGACCCCAACGACCGUCAACACACGGAUACCAUGAGAGUCAUGGCCAUGCGCAUUCUUCACGUAGCACUCGAGGUUUCGGGGCCAUUCAUAGCCCGCCAUCCCGCUCUGGCGACUAUUGCUGAGGACCGCCUUUGCUGCUACCUCUUCCAGCUUGUCAGAUCCGACAACAUGGCUGUCCUUCAAGAGUCGUUAAUCGUCGCUGGGACUUUGCUGGCAACCUGUCGGGGGAUUCUCAAGCUCCAACAGGAGCUUUUCUUGUCGUACCUGGACAGACAAAAACUCGGGCUGGAGGGCGGCACCCGCAAACCCGAGGCCCGGCAGGCCAUGGUCGAAAGCAUCGGGGUGUUGUCGCGGAUGCCGACAUUUGUCACCGAGCUUUUCGUCAAUUACGACUGCGAUGAAGACCGCGCCGAUCUCUGUGAGGAUUUGAUUGGACUCUUGUCCCGCAACGCGCUUCCAGAUUCUGCAACGUGGAGCACCACAAGUGUGCCCCCGCUAUGCUUGGAUGCGCUGCUGCGAUAUAUCCAGUUCUUGGCGGAGAGGCUGCACGAGGUACCCGCUCACGAGGGAUUCCCCGACCCUGCUCAGCUCCGGGAGCGACGACGGAGAAAGAAGAUCAUCGUCAAGGGAACCGGCCAUUUCAAUGAGAAGCCCAAGAUUGGGCUGGGGUUCUUGGAGUCGCAUGGCAUCAUUGCCGACGCUAAAGACCCUGUUGAGGUGGCCAAGUUUCUCAAGGGGACGUCGCAUGUGUCCAAGUCUGUGCUUGGCGAUUUCCUGUCCAAGAAAGGCAACGACGCCAUUUUGGAGGCGUUCAUGGACCAGUUUUAUUUUUCCGGCAAGCGUAUAGACGAAGCCUUGAGAGUGCUCCUCGAGACAUUUCGACUGCCUGGGGAGGCGCCGCUCAUCGCAUCGAUCGUCGAGUCGUUUGCCGAGAAGUACUGCUCAGGCAAAACGCCCGAAGAAGUUGCCAACAAAGACGCUGUCUUUAUUCUGACCUACGCCAUCAUCAUCCUGAACACUGACCAGCACAACCCCAAUCUCAAAUCCUCGAAACGCAUGACUUUUGACGACUUCUCGAGAAAUCUGCGAGGCCAAAAUGACGGCCAGAACUUUUCCCCGAAAUAUCUUCAGGACAUUUUCGAUUCGAUCAAGUCCAACGAGAUUAUCCUGCCGGAUGAACACGACAACAAGCAUGCAUUCGACUAUACCUGGAGAGAAAUGUUACUGAAGUCCGAGCCUGCCGGCGGCCUGGUGACCUGCAACACCAACAUUUAUGAUGCUGACAUGUUCGCCGUUACAUGGAAACCCAUCGUCUCCACUCUUUCCUAUGUUUUCAUGUCCGCGACCGACGAUGCCGUUUUCGCCAGAAUAGUGACGGGAUUUGACGAAUGUGCUCGGGUGGCCGUUAAGUACGAGAACACAGAGGCGCUUGAUCAAAUUGUGUACUGCCUGAGCCAUAUGAGUACUCUGGCUACUGAAACCCCCUUCAACACCGCGCUUAAUACCGAAGUACAGGCCGGCAGCGGCAGUGUCAUGGUCAGCGAGCUGGCCGUGAAGCUGGGCCGAGACUUUCGGGCUCAGCUCGCAACGCUUGUGCUGUUCCGGGUUGUCACCGGCAGCGAGGCUCUUGUUCGACAGGGCUGGAAGAAUGUCAUACAAAUCUGGCGAAACCUGUUCAUCAACUCCCUGGUCCCAUCCUUUUCUUCCGCUAGCCACUUCUCCCUACCAAUCCCGUCCAUUCCGCUUCAGACGCCUUCUCAAGUCAUCGACAGGGUGAAUCGGUCGAUCGAGACGGGUUUCUUCAGUGCGUUUACGUCUUACAUUUCCAGUUAUGCGGCAGAUGAUCCCCCGGAGCCAUCCGAGGAAGAACUGGAGAGUACGCUUUGCGCCCUCGACUGUGUGAAGUCUUGCAACAUGAACAAUGUUUUCAAUAACAUCGCGAAUUUCACGGCCCCGUCAGCCUCAGUUUUGGUCCAGGCUCUAUUAGACCAAAUCCCCGAAAGCGACCACACAGCUGUCAUCAGUGUCAAGCAGGAUUCCUUGGCCGCUUCUCCCACCAACAGCCCAAGCACCGCAAUGGCACUGCCCAAGUACGAUCCGAGCACGGCCUACAUUUUGGAGUUCAGCACGAUCAUGGCUACUCGGGAUGCUGCGUCCGUCGAGGUCAUGGGGAAGCGAGUGUACGAUGUGCUGCAGGCUCUCCUGCGCGAUUUUUCGCACUGUCAUCCCAUCAUAAUAUCACGAGCGGCAUUCUAUGCCAUGAUGAUUCUCAAGCAUGGCUAUGACAAUGAUUUCGUCAACGUUCCGUUCUUGCUCCAUGCGAUUUCGAGUCUCCCGCAAGAACUACUGGUCAAGUCCUGGGAAAUAAUCCUCAAGGGGCUCGCCGACUGCACCGACACUCCUGGGUCUCUGAGAAGCGAGAUGAUGACUUCCCCAGACUUUUGGGCAAUCAUGCGAGUUUUGGCUGGAAACCCAGCGUCGGCAGCAUCGGUAUUCGAGAUUCUUGAGCAGGGCAUCACAGGAAGCCCGCCUGCAGUCAUGGCAGACAACUACGAAACGGUCAUCGCCCUGCUGGACUGCUUUGCAAGCGCCGCCAAUCCUCGUGCGCCAUCCGGGCAACGCGUGGAUGGCGAACAGCGCAAAGGCGACCGGCCAACUAAAGCCCUUCAGGGUGGCGAGCAGGCCAUAGCUCGGGCUUGCAAGGCUGUUGAAGCCUUGCAUGGCAUGACCAACCGCGUGCCUCAGCUCAUGCAACAGUCCCAUUUGGAAAGCGCUGAAGCGUGGUCGGCGUACUGGCUUCCAAUUUUCCAAGCCCUGACAACACAGUGCAUGAAUCCUGUCCGCGAGGUGCGCCAGCUAGCCUUCUCGGCUAUGCAGCGGUCGCUUCUCUCGCCAGAGCUCACAUGCACUGACGCAAAAGAAUGGACGGCGAUUUUUGGCAAGGUAUUGUUCCCGUUGAUUCUUCGGCUUUUGAAACCGGAAGUUUUCCUUCAGUACUUGGUACUUUUGACUGAAUGGGAGGGCAUGCUUGAUCUCUGGAUCAAGAUCAUUGAAAUCAUGGACCGUCUGAUGAACAGUGGCCAGGGAGACAGUCUGGAGGAGGCCAACAGUGAACAAGCAAAGCCCAAUCCUUCCGAUGCCACGGGCGCGCGCAGAAGCCCUGCGCGGGGUGGAAACGACGAAGACACCACCGUGUUUGAAUCCUUUAUCCGCACCACGAGCCCGGACUCGGCAACCCGCAUACCCUCGUGCCCGACCGCCGAUCGGAACAACGACGGUGGGAUACCCGACCGGCUGGUAUACAAGAUGCACAAGUUCAGCCUGUAUGAAACUGCCAGUCGCUACUACGUUGUGGGAGUUGAUGUGAGCGAGAAGAGGUACAGGAUCCUCAAGAUUGACAGGGCUACCGAAGGAGCUGAGCUCAAUAUGACGGACGACAAGAUCGUGUACAGUCUCAAGGAGAUGAACCAGCUGUUGGAUACCAUAGACGACGGGAAUCGGGGAACCGGGGGGAUCAAGCUUCGCUGCACCACUUGGGGUAUUCUGGGCUUCAUAAAAUUCACGGGUCCCUACUACAUGCUGCUCAUCACCAAAAAGAGCACCGUCGCCAUGGUCGGCGGCCACUACAUCUAUCAGGUCGAGGGCACCGAGCUGAUCCCGCUCACAUCCGGGCGAUUCAAGUCGGAUUCGAGGAACACCGAGGAACAGAGGUUUCUGGGCAUUCUCAACAACCUGGACCUGACCAGGUCAUUUUACUACAGCUAUUCCUACGACGUGACGCGGACUCUUCAGCACAACAUCGCCCGGGAGCGUUCGGCAAUCGCCAAGGGCAUAUUGUCCCCCCCGGACGAAGACCUCAACUCCAUGUUCAUAUGGAACGACUACCUUCUUCAGCCGGCUGCCAAAGCCCUCCCCGAUGCCUACGACUGGUGCCGGCCCAUCAUCCACGGCUACAUCGACCAGGCAGCCCUCUCUAUUUACGGGCGAACUGCGCACAUAACCGUCAUUGCACGGCGGUCACGCUAUUUCGCUGGUGCCCGGUUUUUGAAGCGCGGCGCCAAUGAUCUAGGCUACGUCGCCAACGACGUAGAGACGGAACAAAUAGUGGCCGAGUCCCUGACGACGUCCUUUCACGCUCCUGGACCCCGGCUGUAUUGCAGCCCUCAGUACACCUCCACGGGAGUCACGCCCAAACCGCCAAUCGAGCUCAACCUUGUCGAUCCAUUCUACAGCGCUGCGGCGCUUCAUUUCGACAACCUGUUCGAGCGCUAUGGAGCACCAAUCUACGUGGUGAACCUCAUCAAGGCAAAGGAGCGGCAGCCCAGGGAAUCCAAGCUACUCGAGGAGUACACGCACGCCAUCGACUACCUCAACCAGUUUCUACCCCCUGCGAAGAAGAUCAUUCACAAAGCCUGGGACAUGAGCCGAGCGUCCAAAGUGCGAGGCGGGGACGUCAUCGGCAACCUGGAAGUGAUUGCAGAAUCCGUCUUGGGCACUACUGGGUUCUUCCAGAACGGCGAUGGCCGAACGAGCCCCAUGACGGCCCAGAAUGGCGUGGCUCGCACCAACUGCAUCGACUGCCUGGACCGCACCAACGCUGCGCAAUUCGUCAUUGGGAAGCGAGCGCUGGGUCAUCAGCUGCACGCCUUGGGCAUCUUGGAAGACACCUGCGUCGAGUACGACACGGAUGCCGUCAAUCUCUUCACCCACAUGUGGCACGACCACGGAGACACAAUCGCCGUGCAAUACGGCGGGUCGCAGCUCGUCAACACAAUGGAGACGUACCGGAAGAUCAACCAGUGGACCAGCCAUUCCCGCGACAUGAUUGAGAGCUUCAAGAGGUACUACAACAACUCGUUCCUCGACAGCCAACGUCAGGAGGCGUACAACCUGUUUUUGGGAAACUACAUCUUUGCUCAGGGGCAGCCGAUGCUCUGGGACCUAGCAACGGAUUACUAUCUCCACCAUGCCGACCCCAGGGACUGGUCUGCGGCCAAACAUGGCAAUUACAUCAACUGGUACGCGCCGUCCCACCUCGAUGCCAGAACAAUCCCGCUCUUGGCUCCGCUAUGGGGGCCAACGGUUACCCUGCCCGUAGCCUUCUUCGACGAUUAUUGGCUUGAGUAUUAUCGACCAGCCACGCUCUCAUCUUUCCCCAAAAUGUUUGCAUAUAAGAUGAACUCGACCAUCAAGUACAUUCCUCUCAGGUCGACACAGGAUGGGCGAUAUGACCUGAGCCCUUUCCGGGUGCGCACCGACGGCGAUAUCGAAGGGGACAGGAAGAAGGUCAAGAAGGAAGCCGCAAAUCCUAGUCCCUCGAACUCGCCGCGGCUUCCAACCGGAGACGACGACACAAAUUCGACCGCCUCUGGGCGAACGGCAGCAAGAGGCAUUUCGCUGAUCGACGAGGCGUCAGCAGACGACCUUGAUCGAGACAAGGAAAACUCCACGUCGCUUGAAAAGUCCAAAGAGAUGCAGUGGACAUUCACAAAAGCCGUGCAUGAUUCUCUCAACCCGUCGGUCAAAGGCCACGAGGCGGAUGACUACGAGCGAUACAUCCGUCACCCACAAAAUCUGCCGCUCGUCGUCUCCAGCGACACGCCUCUGCAUGUCGAUUCUUCGGAGUACCAGGAGUACGUAAGCGGUAGCUGGCAAAACGAAGGGCUUGUGAUGGCUGGCACCGAGGAGGCAGUAGACGUCUAUGGUGACUUGUUGAAGGUUGCCGAAAAUCCACUCACGGUGACAGAAGAAGACGGCCCGAAGAAGAGAUAUAAAGCCUAUCAAAAGUGGCUUCACGGCAAGUCCUUCUUCAAGCAGCAGCCUCUGGACUAG